CUGUACCGUGACAUACCCAUAUUGCAAUACGGGCGAUCCGUGAAAUCUACUGUAUUGAAUUUACAGAUAUAGUCUGACGUUACUUCUUACGCUUGCCUUUGAGCGCUAUCACCUCGGCCUGCAGUUUGCAGCUGAUGAUGACAAUCCGCUCACCGCUGCUGCAACUUGACGUUUGCAUAAAGCAGUUUCAAAUCGGGACCCCAAACUCCAUUACAUCUAUUUAAUAUAGCCACGCUAUUUGCUAAUGAACGUCUCAUAUCCCUGCCCAAUACCAUCAUGACUAGUACAGAUGCAUCCAUUCAUACAAAUCCUGCUGCCCUGUUUAGUGUGGAGGGACAGAUCGCUGUGGUCACAGGGGGUGGCACCGGUAUCGGACUCAUGAUUGCUACUGCAUUAGAGCACAACGGUGCCACCGUGUACAUCAUUGGUCGGAGGCUUGAAGUUUUAGAAAAGGCUGCCAAGGAGAACAACAAAUUCGGAAAGCUCAUCCCGCUACAGGGUGACAUCACGUGUCGUCAGUCUCUCACACAGCUCGUCGAGACUGUUAGAACACGUCAUGGCUAUAUCGACCUCCUUGUCAAUAAUGCUGGCAUCGUCCGCAAUCUUCUGCCCCCAAAAUUACCAUCCCCUCUGGACGACCCUGCAGAUGCCUUACCAUCCAUCAAGGCGUUCCAAAGCGUCCUUUGGAACACUGGAUCGCCAGAAGGCUUUGCCGAAACGUUCGAUACGAACGUCACUGCCGUUUAUUUCACUACUGUUGCUUUCCUCGAAUUGCUUCACCUUGGCAAUCUAAGAAGGGGUAAUUUGCCACCCGUCAUGUCACUGCGUCCACCAGUUUUCAACAAGGAGACCUCUGAUAAUGAUGUUUCAAAUGAUCGAGGCUUUGCAUCCUCCAGUCCCUCAGUAGCUCAUCAUUCCUCGCCUCCAACACCCCCCUCACCUUUUACGUCCCUUCCUGCAGCAUCGUCCGCCGCUGAUUCUACUCAGGCCCCUCAUCUUCCGGAGAAAUGCAUUUCGCUGCCGACAUCUCAAGUUAUCACCAUAUCCUCAUCUGGCUCUUUUCGUAUUGAUGCGAAAGUUUUAUCUAUCUCCUACACAGUGUCAAAGAAUUCUUGCACAAACCUUGGAAGGCUCUUGGCUAACCUUCUGGCUGAUUGGGGGAUUCGUUCCAAUGUACUUUGCCCAGGCGUCUUCCCAAGCGAAAUGACAUCAACUCAACACCUCACACCUGCCCUUUUGGCUCAGACUGUCCCUCUUGGGCGCGCAGGCGUCCUAUCUGAUAUUUCCGGUCCUAUUCUUUUCCUGGCUGGCCCUGCAGGAGCGUACGUUAACGGUGCCGUAUGGCUGGUUGAUGGGGGACGAGUUGGCACUGUUGCCAGCUCCUACCACUGAUUCGACUUGGCGCCUCAAGUCACAUGUAAUGCAAUGGGCUGGAUUGCAUGUUUAUUUGCGCAGAGGACCUCGCUCUUUUUAUGAGCGGCGGUCCGUCAUGUCAUCCAGCUAUCGAAACCAACACUCUUAUCUGCGGCUUUCAUAAUUUCUUCUCAUCUGCCCUGACUUGGAAGGGGGUUGUUUGAUAUUAUUAUCUUAUCAUCAAUUCCAUGCUGUUUUGGUUUGAUUCA